AUGGUUGCGCCUGAAGGUUAUCCCGUUGCACCUGGGCACGCUUGUCUCCUCAAGCGCUCUCUAUAUGGCCUCAAACAGGCAUCGAGACAAUGGAAUGCUGAAUUUACACGUAGCCUUGAGCGCUUCGGUUUUCAACAGUCUGGGCACGAUCAUUGUCUUUUCUUCAAGGCUCUAUCCUCCGGUUUCAUUGGCUUACUGGUUUACGUAGAUGAUGUGUUUCUAAUGGCACCUUCUCUUGAUCUUAUUUCGCAGGUUAAGAGAUAUCUUGAUGGCCUUUUUACCAUCAAAGACUUGGGCAGUGCCAGAUACUUCCUUGGCCUUCAAAUUGCCCGAUCAGAGGCUGGGAUUUCUCUUUCACAGACAAAGUAUAUUUUGGACAUUAUUGGUGAUUGUGGUCUUCAUUCUUCCAAACCAGUUGCCACUCCCCUGCCCCCUGGCAUUAAAUUGCAAGCUAUCUCAGAUGAUCCUCUUGUUAAACCUGAGAUAUACCGUCGCUUGAUUGGGAGAUUACUCUAUCUCUGUUUUACACGGCCAGACUUAUCUCAUGCCGUGCAACAGCUCAACCAGUUUAUGCAGCAACCUUAUCAAUCUCAUUGGCAUGCCGCUUUGCAUCUUGUUCGUUAUUUGAGAGGUUGUUUUGACUUGGGCCUUUUCUUUCCUGCAUCCAAUUCACUCCAGCUCCAGGCUUUCUGUGAUGCGGACUGGGGUGCUUGCCUCGACUCACGUUGUUCACUUACAGGUUUUGCUAUCUAUCUUGAUUCUGCGCUUAUAUCAUGA